AGAGACUAUAUAAAAGAAAUUAAGCUCGCUUAUUUUCCUUUUUUUCCCCUCUUUUUGUUUUUUCUAAACUUCACCUUUUUGACACAGUUUUAAAGAUGGCCACUAACUACAAGGUUGCUGAUAUUUCUCUUGCCGCUUUCGGUUUGAAGGAAAUUGAAAUUGCUGAAAAUGAAAUGCCCGGUUUGAUGGAACUCACCCGUAAGUACGGUCCUUCUCAACCUCUCAAGGGUGCCAGAAUCGCUGGUUGUUUGCACAUGACCAUCCAAACUGCUGUCCUUAUCCGUACCUUGAUUGCUCUUGGUGCUGAAGUUACUUGGUCUUCUUGUAACAUUUUCUCCACCCAAGAUCACGCCGCUGCUGCUAUCGCUGCCUCUGGUGUUCCCGUCUAUGCUUGGAAGGGUGAAACUGAUGAAGAAUUCGUCUGGUGUAUUGAACAAACCCUCAUGUUCCCUGACGGUCAACCUCUUAACAUGAUCUUGGAUGAUGGUGGUGAUUUGACCAACAUUGUUCACGAAAAGUACCCUCACUUGCUCCCUGGUAUCAAGGGUUUGUCUGAAGAAACCACCACUGGUGUCCACAACUUGUACAAGAUGUUCAAGAACGGUGCUCUUAAGCUCCCCGCCAUCAACGUCAACGACUCUGUCACCAAGUCCAAGUUCGAUAACCUCUACGGUUGUCGUGAAUCUCUCGUUGAUGGUAUCAAGCGUGCCACUGAUGUCAUGAUUGCUGGUAAGGUCUCCGUUGUCGCUGGUUAUGGUGAUGUCGGUAAGGGUUGUGCUGCUGCUCUCCGUGCUUUCGGUUCUCGUGUCAUCAUCACCGAAGUUGAUCCUAUCAACGCUCUCCAAGCCUCUAUGGAAGGUUAUGAAGUCACCACCAUGGAAAAGGCUGUUGAAGAAGCUCAAAUCUUUGUUACCACCACCGGUUGUCGUGAUAUCAUCGUCGGUAAGCACUUUGAACAAAUGAAGGACGAUGCUAUUGUCUGUAACAUUGGUCACUUCGAUGUUGAAAUUGAUGUUGCUUGGUUGAAGGCCAAUGCUGCUUCUGUCACCAACAUUAAGCCUCAAGUUGACCGUUUCACCAUGAAGAACGGUCGUCACAUCAUCCUCCUUGCUGAAGGUCGUCUUGUCAACUUGGGUUGUGCUACUGGUCACCCCUCUUUCGUCAUGUCCAACUCUUUCUCUAACCAAGUCUUGGCUCAAAUUGCUCUCUGGACUGAACCUGAGAAGUGGACCGUCGGUGUUCACGUUCUUCCCAAGAAGUUGGAUGAAGAAGUUGCUCUCUCUCACUUGGGUAAGCUUGGUGUUGAACUUACCAAACUCACUCCUGUCCAAUCUGAAUACCUCGGUAUUCCUAUUGAAGGUCCUUUCAAGCCUGAACACUACCGUUAUUAAGCAUUUUUUAAUUGUAUAACUCCCUCUAAAAGAACAAACUUUGCUUUUUUUUUUUGUGUCUCUUUCUGCAUUUCGUUUAUAUAUAUCAUUUUAAUUUGAAUUUUUUGUACAGACAAUUCAACAUGUUCUUGUAGUUCGAAAAAUUGUUACAUAAUAAUCUUGUCAUUUAUGCUGGCUCCAAAAGCGUACAUAAGUAAAAAGGAUAAAAACUUUUAAUAAAACUGCCAUUCAACUGUGUAUUAUAUUUAUCAUACAGAUAUACAGAUACGUG